AUGGACUUCCAACAUCGUCCUGGAGCGAAGACAGGGUCUGGUGGAAUAGCCUCUGCAGCAGAUGCCAAUCGAGAUCGACGAGAAAGACUGCGUCUGCUUGCCUUGGACACAAUCGACCUGGACAAGGACCCCUACUUCAUGAAGAAUCACAAUGGCAAGUUUGAGUGCAAACUGUGCCUCACUCUCCACGAGAACGAAGGCAGUUAUUUGUCCCACACACAAGGAAAGAAGCACCAAGCCAACUUGAAGACCCCCUUUAAUUUCAGAGGAGAACGUGCAGCCAAGGAGUCCCAACAAGAGGUCCGUGCCCCCGUGGCAGUCCAGCCCCAAGUGGAGAUCAGAAAGUUCGUGGCGAUCGGCCGUCCUGGCUAUAAAGUACUUCUCUGUGCUCACCCAGUCACCAAACAACGGGACCCCAUGACUGGCCAGCAGAGUCUGCUCUUUCAGAUUGAUUACCCCGAAAUAGCACAGGGCAUUUCCCCCCGUCACCGAUUCAUGUCGGCCUAUGAACAGAGAAUUGAGGUGCCGGACAAGGCAUGGCAGUACGUGCUGUUUGCAGCUGAGCCUUACGAGACGAUUGGCUUUAAGGUGGCAGUUGGGUGGGCUAAAUUAGAUUCCUAG